AUGUCGUCGUCGAGUAUGCGCGGAGAAGGCGCCGUGCUGCCGACGGUGAAGCUGUCGGAGCUGACGUCGCGAGAUGACAUCGAUGACGAGCUCACCGACACAAUCCUCGUGCUCCGGCAGUCCGAGUCGCCUUCCGACGCCUCGCCGGAGGACAUCGUGAUAAACGUCCACAGCGGCGUGCUGCGCGUGGCGUCGCCGUUCUUCAUGCGCGCGUUCAACGACCUCCAGAGCACCGAGAGGAUACGCCAGGACCUCGGCGGAGUGAGUCAGGGAAGGAUUAGGUACACCCUGGUUACCCCUCACCCGCUGGCGGUGCAGAGGAUCCUGUACUACAUUUACAAGAAUGACUACCAGAAUGUGACAGAGGAGCCUCAGUUGCUGGUGCCCAUGUACCAGGAGUCCGCGCGCUUCGGCCUGUCUGACCUGAAGCAGAGUUUGCUCAGGCUUAUCAGGAGUCAGCACAGCCUCCAGGUCCUGGCGAGUCUCUCUUACGCCGCAGAGAGCUCGGGGGAGGUGGAACUGUCACGCGACUGCGGAAGGGUGUUGGCGGAUGCCGCAUUCGCCGUCUUCUCUGGAAGCCUGCUCCAGCGCAUGGGAAUGGCCGCCGUCAAGGCGCUGCUGGAGAGCGACAACGUACAGCUGGACGAGGUGCAGACGUUCACCGCGCUGUGCCAGUUCCUCGAGUCGAACGUGCGGUUUGUGAGCCCGUACGCGUCGGCGCCCAUAGGCCCGAAGGAGAAGGUACGUUGCAACUACCGCCGAUCAUCCGGUCGCCAGGAUCUGCUGAAGCACGUGAGGUUCUGCUCGAUGGCGCCGAAGGCUAUCGACCAGCUGAGGCACGACAACCUCAGCACGCUGCUGCUAGACGCCACGCUCCGCAUCCUCCAGGGCGCCACCAAAAAGCCGCGUCACUUCCCGUGGACCGACAACGCCGAUUACACGUGCAUGACCUACAAAGGGCUCUUUCCGGUGCUGGUGGUCCGCGCGUCGAGGGAGCAGCUGGGCCUCUUCGACCCAAACACGGGCAACGCCAAGCUGGUGACGCCCAACAUCGCCAAACUCCCGUCGGAUUCGCGGUCCGGCCUCUCGUUCACCGUCGGCACCGAGCGCGAGAUGAGCGUCUGCUGGUGGGCGUACGAGGUCUCCAAAACCAAGCGCGGCAACAUCGCAUUUGGCGUCGCCUUCGCGUCGCAUGACCCUAUAGACGACGCGUCGCGCCCGUGCUUCACGUCAAUGACCCGGUCCAGGAGGGUGGUCUUCUACUACGAGUUCGCCGAGGACACCUUCAAAUCCGGGUACAUCGAGCCAAGUGCCAACAGGUUCGCCCGCCACCGCUUCGCUCAUCUUUCGCAGGCAAAUCAAGGCGGAGUGGACAUACGAGUCCAGGCCCGGCCAGUCGCCACACAACCUGAAGCAGCGCGACAUAGUUACCGUGAACGUCGUCGUGGCCACCAGCUGCGUCACGCUCUCCGUCGGCGUCCUCGGCACCUCGCUGAAGCGCUCCUUCCAGAUCCCUCACCGCACCAGCGUUAG